UAAUCGAUUUAUGGAGUAUUUAUUGCAAACAAAUGAAAAGCUUUUUGUGCAGUGCUAUCUCUGGAGAAACUAACAAACUAUGUUGACUGAUAUAUAGAGAGACAUCUACUGCAAAUAUUAUGGAAUAUUUAAAUACAAAUUUAACUGUCAACAUGGAUCAUUGCACAGAAAAUUGCAUUACGGAAUUUUUAUGAGUAAACAUGAAUGAAAAGUGCGAAGAAAAUUUACAAUACAAAGGAAAUGACCCUGGAGCAACGAGGUUUGGUAACUUCAUCAAUUAUUACCAAUUUAACCCACCUUUAAAUAGAAUAAAAAACUUACCACGUGACCAAUGGCCAGAUAUAAAGAAGAGGUCGCUAGUGGGAUUGGAUUUAGGGUGCAACGCAGGAGACUUAACUAUUCAGCUGUAUAAAUUCUUAAAAGAAAUUUAUCCAGACAUCAACUUAAAUUUAAUUGGUAUUGAUAUCGAUCCAACUUUAAUCCAAAGAGCAGUUGAUAGUAAUGAAUUUCCAAACAAUAUCUCUUACAUUAAUCUCGAUUUUAUGAAUAAAAAAAGUUCAGAGUCUUCAUUAAAUCAUGAAAAAUUUGAUUUCGUCUUUUGUUUCUCUAUUACAAUGUGGAUUCAUUUAAAUAAUGGUGAUAGCGGUUUAGUAAAUUUCAUAAAAGACAUUUGCCAAAUUGCUGAAUUAAUUUUAAUAGAACCUCAACCUUGGAAAUGUUACAAGACUGCCGUUCGUCGAAUGAAACGGAGUUGUAACGAAGAAUUUCCAUUAUUUUCACAAUUGAAAAUUCGCAAUAAUGUUGAUGAUUACAUACUUGACUUAAUAAAACAAGAAGGUUUUCAUCAAAUAUUUGAAACGUUGAACAGUGAAUGGGGCCGUAAAAUUAUAUUAUUUCACAAAAAAAGAUAACAAACAUUUUUGGAAAUAUUAAUUUUAUUUAUACAACUAAUGAUCACCUAAAA